AUGGACGAGGAGGAAUCUGUGCAUGGCCCGGACGACGAACUGACGGAGCUCAAAACAGCUAUAAUAGGAAAGGUCAUUCCAAGGCUACUAAGCCCGUUAAAAAUUAUCCCUAGGCUUGUACACGGAGAUCUGUGGGACGGUAAUGCAUCGGCGGAAGUAAACACCGGCAACCCUAUGAUCUUCGACCCGUUGUGUCUCUAUGCUCACAAUUAA